AUGGAUCCCAUCAUUCCCUCGGGAAACAAUGCCAACAAUGCGAGUUCUGAUGGUUUCGAUCAAUCUAGCACAUCCGUAGAAUCAGCACAGCUAAGUGAGGAAUGGACUGACGAUAUUGUUGAGACUUUCGAGAGACAAGGCAUCACUCUCGAAGAGGUAGAAGAUACGAGAAUUCCAGAGACCUCCACUGAUACUAAUAUUCUAGCCAUCCCCGUUACUUUGAAGGGAGAGGCCGAGAAGGGGGAGGCUAAAGUCUUCAAAAUGAAAUGGGAGGAUCUGCCAGAUAAUAUCAAGGACUGGAUCAAGGCACACCCAUACCAAACAGCUUUCCACGUUGUCAGCGGAGUAGUGUUUUUUGCCCCAGCUGCGGCAAGUGGCCCUGUGUUAUACUUGUUAGGUUUUGGUUCUAUGGGACCUAGAGCUGCAUCUUUUGCGACAUUUUGGCACAGCAAAAUCGGUGUGGUUGUAGCCAAGAGUGGUUUUUCGUUCAUGCAGAGUGCAGGUAUGGGCGGCUAUGCGGCUGCGGCUGUGAACACGGCUGUACAGGCUUCAGCUGCGGUGAGUAGUCUCGGUGCUGGAUUUUGGGGAUGGGCUAGAGGGAGUGGUGAUAGAUAG